AUGCUCACUGCGGCCACAUCUCUUGUCGCUCUUGCGUUCGCUGCCCCUGCACUUGGUGCAAUAGGCCCCGUCGCCGACCUUAGGAUCGUCAACGCCCAGGUCGCUCCUGAUGGUUUUGCUCGCUCCGCUGUAACUGCGGGAGGCACCAUUCCAGGUCCAAUUAUCAAGGCGAACGUCGGCGACAGAUUGCAGCUCAAUGUCAUCGACGAUCUCACUGAUAACACCAUGCUGCUCAGCACUUCUAUGCAUUGGCAUGGCUUUUUCCAAGCUGGCACUGCUUGGGCAGAUGGCCCCGCUUUCGUUACACAGUGUCCCAUUGCGCAGAAUGAUUCGUUCCUCUACGAUUUCUCCACCGCCGGCCAGCCGGGAACUUACUGGUACCACUCCCACUUGUCGACGCAGUACUGUGAUGGACUCCGUGGAGUCAUCGUGGUUUACGACCCCAACGAUCCGAACAAGAGCCUUUACGAUGUAGAUGAUGAUAGCACCGUUCUUACCCUUGCGGACUGGUACCAUGCCCCCGUCCAUACUCUGCCUCUCCCUCCCACUCUCGUUUCUACCCUGAUCAACGGUCUUGGACGUUAUGCUGGCGGCCCGACAUCACAACUUGCCGUCGUCUCGGUAACGCGGAACAAGCGCCAUCGCUUUCGCCUUGUCUCUCUCUCUUGCGACCCUCUUUUCACACUGAGCAUCGAUGGCCACACCAUGACCAUCAUCGAGGUGGACGGUGUUAACCACAAGGCAUGUGUCGCGACUUUCAUGCCCAUGUGUACUGAUCGGUUUUCCCCCCAGCCCUUAACCGUUGAUUCUAUCCGAGUUUUAGCUGGUCAACGAUACUCUUUCGUCUUGAAUGCGAACCAGCCCGUCAACAACUACUGGAUCCGCUCUGUCGCUAAUGGUGGAACCGCCGGUUUCGCCAACGGUAUCAACUCGGCGAUCUUGCGGUAUGUUGGGGCGCCGAUCGCCGAUCCAACAACCCCCCUUGUUGCGUCUACCAACCCGCUUAUCGAGACCAACCUCCACCCGCUCGUGGCCAGUCGUGUCCCCGGCAGGCCCGUCCGCGGCGGAGCCGACGUCAAUCUCAACCUGGCCAUUGGUUUCACUGGCGCAGGCUUCACUGUCAACGGAGCCGAGUAUGUGUCACCCACCGCCCCGGUUCUCCUCCAGAUCAUGAGUGGAGCGCAUACCGCCGCGGAACUCCUCCCUCCCGGCAGCAUCUACACUCUCCCGCCCAACUCGGUGGUCGAGCUCUCCAUUCCCGGAGGCACUGUUGGCGGUCCCCACCCGAUGCAUCUCCACGGUCAUACCUUCUGGGUUGUUCGCAGCGCCGGUGACUCCAACUAUAAUUAUGUUGACCCUGUCAUCCGCGAUGUCGUCGACACCGGAACCUCGAGGAACGACAACGUCACCAUCCGCUUCGAGACUGACAACGCCGGUCCUUGGUUCCUCCACUGCCACAUCGACUUCCAUCUCGAAGUUGGCCUUGCGGUCGUUUUCGCCGAGGACACCGAGAAAGUCGGCACUGUCGUCCCGCCAAGCAAAUGGGGUACGCUUUGCCCCAAGUACAACUCACUGACGCGCGAGCAACUCGGGGGCUUGUGA